UGGCUCGAAAGGGCUGCAGGAAGCAGAGCUAGGUCUGAAGAACAGAACAUGCUCCCCUCUGAGACUUUCACUAACAUUUGUGAUACAGCAUGUCUUUAAGCGAAAGGAAUACUGUGGUUUUUGCGUAUGAGUCUUCAGUACACAGUAUCAAUGUUCUGCUCAGUCUUGAUGAGCAGAGAAAGCAAGAUCUUUUUUGUGAUGUUACCAUCUUAGUGGAAGAUCAGCGAUUUCGGGCUCAUCGCUCUGUGCUUGCUGCUUGUAGCAGCUAUUUUCGUUCAAGAAUUGUGGGUCAGUUGGAACUUGAUCUUAUCAUUAUUUUACCUGAAGAGGUUACACUAAAAGGCUUUGAUCCUUUGCUUCAAUUUGCAUAUACUUCUAAACUUAUUUUAGAUAAAGAUAAUGUAGCUGAAGUUUGCAAGUGUGCAGAAUUCUUGGGAAUACAUGACAUUGAGGAAUCAUGCUUUCAGUUUCUAAAAUUCAAAUUUCUGGACCAUAAACUAGGCUGGCGUGAAUAUCAGAGAAAAAAGUGUUGUAAAUCACGCUGUCAGAAAGAGGAGCAUAAAGUAGAUGUUGCUGCCGAUAGCUGUCUGGAAAUAGACGAUGUGAAUGAAAUCUUGCAAAAUGAAUGCAUUCAUCCUCACUUGAAGAACUACAAAAGUGAAAAAAAUUCAGACGUAUCUCUUCUACAGGACAACACCAGUCAGACAUUUGAGUCUGAAUCAGAAAGGGACCAGGGACUUGAUUUUGCCUCCCUUUGCCCCAAAUACAGGAAGUUCCAAAAAGCUGUGGGGAGUGAUAAAGCCCCUACUUUGGAGUCCAGCUCCAACAUUAAAGAAGUUCAGGUAACAUCUGCUGCAUCUGUUCAUCGGAUUGAAUCAUAUACUAAUGGUGCUACAGAAAAAUCUUUUGAAUAUGCAGCUGUGCCUCCAGACACAAAAUGUGAAGAUGCUCAGGUAGAAAUGGAAGAAGAUGGGAAAGAAGAGUUCUUGAAACAGACAACUUCUGUGUUCCAGAGUACUGAAUGUUCUGUGGAGAAGUCAGUUACUUUUUCUCCUCAUAAUUCCUCUGUUGCUACUCAUGGCCUUUAUUCCACUGCUUUCUUGAACACAUGCGAUCAAUAUUGUCACUUGACAUUGAGUGGUAUGCAGAGCAAUACAGAGGUCACUGAAAAGGUCACUGAAAAAUGCAGCAUUGUUACAGAACCAGGAAACUGCAAACCAGUCAGUGGAAGUCCUGAUGAGAGCCUGCCUUUGAAGUCUGACUUGUGUGAAAGAGAAAAUGUGAAUGAUACUUCACCUAGCAACCGCAGCAGUGUGGAAAGAGAGGUAGCAGAACAUUUAGCAAAGGGGUUUUGGAGUGACAUUUACAAUACAGAUACAACAUGUCAAGUCAGCUUGUCUUCUGCAUCAGAUCAGGUCUAUUCAGAAAAAAAGGCAGAGUGUCCUUGGUUAGGCAUCAGGAUCAGUGACAGUCCUGAGCACUGUUCUCAAAGAACUUUCACAACUUUGAGCUCUGUUAACUGCCCUUUCAUAAAUAACCUCAGUACUGGAAACAGCACGGAAAUUAGUAGUGGUGAUUGUAUACAGGAACAGCAGCAAGAACAGUGUCCUUAUUCCUGUGUGAUAAGUUUAGAAGAAGAUUCUGAAACUGAUACAGAAGGUGAUAGUGAAUCCUGUUCUGCAAGAGAACAGGAAUGUGAGGUAAAGCUGCCGUUUGAUGCAGAGAAGAUCAUUUCUCUUUCUAGAAAUGACUUUCAGUCAUGUCUGAAAAUGCACAAAUUAACAGCUGAACAGCUGGAUUGUAUCCACGAUAUUAGAAGGCGAAGUAAAAAUCGAAUUGCAGCACAGCGCUGUCGCAAGCGAAAAUUAGACUGCAUACAAAACCUGGAAUCGGAAAUAGAGAAAUUGCAAAGUGAAAAAGAAAGCUUGCUAAAGGAGAAAGACCACAUUUUGUCAACGCUCAGUGAGACAAAGCAGAACCUGACAGGCCUUUGUCAACAGAUGUGUAAAGAAGCGGCAUUAAGUCAUGAGCAAAUACAAAUACUUGCAAAAUAUUCCACCUCUGAUUGCCCUCUUUCAUUUUUGAUCCCAGAGAAGGAACAGCCUGCACCUUCUGAUGUGAUGUCUGCAGUACCAUUAUGUAUAGAACUUUCUAAAGAUUGUGUUGAAUCUCCUGGCGUGCAGAGUUCUAGCUAUCAGCAUGUAAAAAGCUCAUGUGAUACAGGAUAUACUCAAGCACAGGAAUUAUGUCCGGUUCCUGUAAGGAUAUUGGAGAAAACAUUAUGUUUGGAGCAGUGUGUGCAGAGUAGUGGUGGUAUCACAGAUUUUUGUCAACAAAUGACUGACAAAUGCACUACGGAGUAAUCUUUCUGUCAAACAGCCUUGCAGGAUUUGAAACGUAGGUAGGAAGAAUGAACUUUCUCUAUGGAGCAGAGCAUUAGCUGGUACUUAACCAUCCAGAAUCAAACCUAAAUAUAUUUUGGGGCUUGCCUCCUCUGACAUGGAAAGGAGAUGCUGUCUUUCUUAGUAACAAAAAAGAUUUCCUGCAGUUUGGGUACUUCAGUGUCAUGAAAAACAAAAUAACUGGAACAAAUGUUUCACAUAGUAAAUUCUCUUACAGUUCCAACUACAAGUAAACCUCAAGAAUUUAUAUCUUUCAGAAUGUGAUGUCACUGCUCCAGAGACCUACCCAGUUUUCAAUACCUUGUGGCCCUCCCCUGCUCUCUAAAUAUUUCAGGUUCUACCUGAUUUAACAUACCACAGUCUGUGCUUCCUGCUUAAACUUUAAUUGUUUGUGAUUAUAUUGGAAAAUAAAAUGAUCAAGUAUUCUGGAAGAAUUUCAACUUUCACUAUUACUACUGGGACCAGUUCAGAUGCAUUUGAAAAUUAUUCUUUUAAAUAGAUACUUUCAUGGGUGAAACUAACUGUAGCCAUUCAUAUUCAGUUUUCAAUGGCUUAUGCUUCAGUUAUCAGAAAUGAACCAACUGAAUUUUAACUAUUGAAGUAAAAAACCAAUUCUUUACUGUAGACUGUUCUGCACUGUAAUAGCAUAACUGCUGUAGGUAACAAAGUUUACCUACUGAACCUCAAACGUUUUUUGCUGGUUUACAGAAUGUAAAAGCCAAUGGAAUUCUUCAUUUCCUACCUCAGAACAGACAUUUUUAUAUCUAUGUUUGGAAUAUGAUCAUCUUUGUGUAAUGCCUAUUUGCUUUGCAGGGUCCUAGAAUAGUUAAGUCUACGUACGCUCCUGACAUGUUAAAGCAUUGUUUAGAUUAGUGAUAAUUUAGCCUCUAUAGAAGUGUUAUGUUGCAUUGAUACUGAAAUGUAAACACAUGGUGAACAUUUGGCCAAAUACAUCAUCUGAACAGUACUUCUAAUAACCAGCAUGUAUUACAAAAACCUACACUACCUCAUAAGCUGAUUUCAAGGUCAUUCUGAGCUGCAAAGAUUCAACACAUGCUUGUCACAAAUUAUAGCAUUAUGAUUUACACACCUUACAGACUUGACUUCAUUGUGGAAGUUCCUAUACAAGUUUUGCAUGGUUUCUUUUUUGUGUGUGUUUAUUUCUCUAGUGAUAAUUUGGGGAAAGUUUUCAGUAAGCAUUAAGUAAGCAGUUUUUUGGAGUGUGGCAUGCCUUUUAUAAGGCACUUGCUGUUAGAACAUGUAUAAUUUCUUUUUGUGGAAUUUGCUAACUUUCUGAUCAGUCCUGUACUUUUAUGACAAAUCAGUUAGCAGUGCCAAAUGUUAGGGCGAAUAAUGUAAAAUCUGUAUAAAAAAUGCAAAUUCUGUUUUUAAAGGAAGUUAAUAUUGAUACAGACUGUGUAUCUGUAGGGGACUCUAGUUUUCUAAUUUUCUGUGUUAUGGCUAGUGGUUGAGGCUAAAAAGUGUGGGCUAGGUGUCUUUAAACUCAAACUCAGAAUGAGGAAAAUUACCAUUUUCUAAGGGAAGAGUGGGACAAACUACAUUAUUAGCAUUUGUUAAUAAUGGAUUCAGUAUCUGUUAAUUGGAACAUUGGUUCAAUUCAGAUUUUUUUAAAAGUGAGUCAUUAAAUAUGCUCACUUUCUAAUACCUAAUUAGAAAAAGAAAUAAGAAACUGAGGCUAUUUAAAGCCUAACCAACUACUUGCAGAAUAGCUUGCCCAGUAAUGUUUCAGGUUGCAUGCAAACACUGAAAGAUAAGAUCAUCAACUUGCAAAUAUUCAGAAUGAACAUCAAUGGUAACUUUUGAUACACACAAUCUCAGGUAAACAUUUUUAAAUUUCAGCUAACAGCUUUCAUUUUUGAACUUGUAAAAUUCAUGCAUCAAGGUAUGUUCACAAUUGUGUGAAAUAUAUUGCGCAGAAUGUUAGGCAUUCUAAAAGAAAAAGCCCUGUCUCAAUUACAAUUGAUUUUGUAUCUUUCCUAAUCCAGUGUUUUCUAAUGCAAUAAACCCACUAUACUUU